GUUAUCUGAUGCCUAAAACUUCUGAUGCACUUUUUCAUGCACUGCAAAAAAAAUUUCUUUUAUCAGCACUCGAACUGAAUCUUCGCUGCGACGGACGUGAACUUUUAGAUUUCCGAGAGGUUAAAAUCGAUUUUCAUUCUAAAACACGUGGCAAUGUGAAAAUCCAAUUAGGGGCCACUCAGGUUUUGUGUAUUGUUACUGGAGAAAUUGUACAAGUGGCAUCAGAUCAAUCCCAUGACGGGUUUAUAAAUUUUUAUGUUCAUAUAAGUCCAAUGGCACGAGAAGAUGCUGAAGUCAGUAAUGCAGCAAGUUCCAAUUGUUUUCAACAAGCUUCCAAAAUAGCGUACACUGUGGAAUCCAUAUUACGCCGUAGUCGCGCUUUAGACACAGAAGGGUUAUAUAUCGAGGCUGACUCGAAGCUGUGGUCGUUAACAAUUAACAUUCAUGUACUGAACGAUGAUGGAAACCUGAUUGAUGUUUGCGGGUUAGCUGCCUUAGCAGCUUUAUUACACUUUCGCCGCGACAAGGUCUGUAAAGCACAAGAAAAUGUGUCGGAAAGUGAAAGAAUGCCUCCUACUCCCUUAAGCCUACAUCACUUACCCGUCCCCGUGACAGUAACAUUUUUUGAAAGUACUACGCGCCCCUUUGUUCUUGAUGCGACGAGACAAGAGGAGUGUUUAAGCAGUGGACAGAUUACAAUAGCCAUUAACCAGUUUAAAGAAUUAUGUGGUAUUUACAAAUCAGGAGGUCAGCCAGUAGAUAAAGAAAUGCUGCACUAUACUUUAAGGGUUGCUGUCAACCGAGCUAACGACAUCCUGCAUUUGCUUCAAGAAUCACUUAAAUCCCAUGAGCUACUUCGAGAAAAACAAAGAAAAAAUAUCUGGAACAUAUAUGGCUCAAGCGCAUUUGUUUCCGUUUUUCCCAAUAAGGACUGUGAAACAAAAUUCUUAACAACUAUAUCUUCGCUGAACUUGGCAGCGUACGAGAACAACGCGAGUGAGACUUUCAAAAAUUAUGAAGAUCAUCAUAAAAAAACAACGCUAGAGAAACAAAUGGAACUUGUUAAAAGGGCUCAAGUUAAAGAUAAUGAGUUAAAACAAGUGUGCGCUACUGAUGAAACAGCUGAAUUGCUAUUGAAGGAGACAACAGAGGCCUCACCAAAAGUUUUGAAGGACAUUGAAAUACCUGUAGAUAAAACAACACUCCACCCGACUCUUCAAUCUGCAUCGGGUAGAGAAGAACCCGUCCUCACUGGUACUGAAGAAACAGUGUUACCUCUGGAGAAUGAGUUUUCAGAUGGUGAUUUUCAACAAGCCGUUGUUAAAAAACCUGAAAAGAAAAAAUCUAAAAAACGAAAAACUUCUCUCAAGCAUUAAAAACCAUUUCAUCUAAACAAUUGUAAAAACUGUCAUAGCUACCAAAUUCACUUUCAGAGUGCUGAAAAGGAAUGUUUUGUUUACAAUAGAACUUGUCCUUCUACUAAAAUUUGGCAUUCUUUCAACACAGUAAAUAUUCUUUAAGAAGACAUCUUUUAGAAACGCCGUUUCAUAAAAUAGCAUAGUUUUCUUUACUGUUGCAUAUUUUCUUUAUAUAGUUACAAUUCGUUCUUCAUCCUCGUCAAAGAAUUCUCAUCAUUCAAAAAGACAGUGAACAAAUAAAACAUGUGCAUUUCA